CAAAGCCGAUCCAUCCCUUCUUCAACUAAAGCGCAAUGACACCACGAUCUUCAUUCUAAUCUACGUCGAUGACAUACUCGUUACCGGGAAUGACCAAGAGCAAAUUCAAUUAAUCCUUCAACGGCUACACUCCGCCUUCAGCCUCAAACAGCUAGGCGACAUUUCAUUAUACCUCGGCAUACAGGUUAUCAAAACUAACUCUGGCUUUUUCCUUUCUCAAUCCCACUAUGCACAUGAGCUCGUUCGCAAUGCAGGUAUGUCCGACUGUAAGCCCGCACCAUCCCCAGCAACAACCAAAGAACCAAACCAUAGGGACGAAAGCCCCUUUAACGAUCCGAAGCUGUUCCGCAAGAUCGCGGGAUCACUCCAAAACUUGUCCAUCACGCGACCCGACAUCGCGUUCGCCACAAAUGCUGUUUGUCAGCAUAUGCAUAACCCGAGAACCUGUGAUCACUUAGCUCUCAAACGCCUCAUUCGAUACAUCAAAGGCUCUAUAGACUUUGGUCUUCCUAUCACCUACGGCGAACUCACGCUAAGGAGCUACAGUGACGCGGAUUGGGCGGCAAAUUCAAAAGACAGAAAAUCCAUGUCCGGAUACUGCACAUUUCUCGGUCCAAACUUACUCUCCUGGUCAGUUAAGAAACAAACGACCGUGGCACGUUUGUCGACGGAGGCAGAAUACCGCUCGUUAGCUGCAGCGACUUCGGACACGAUUUGGAUUCGUCGGCUCGCCUCAGAUUUUGACAUUCCAAUUAACUCCCCGACACAGCUCUAUUGUGACAACACAUCUACAAUCACCAUUGCUAAUAACCCCAUUUUUCAUGCCAGAACAAAGCACAUAGAGAUCGGCUAUCACUUCAUAAGUGAUCACAUUCAUCAAGGCAACAUUCGAGUCGAUCACAUUUGCACUACUGAUCAGCUGGCGGAUAUUCUCACCAAAGCUUUACCCAUAAACCGGUUCCAUCUCCUACGAUCCAAAUUAACCAUUCGCUCCGAGAAUGGUUAA